AUGAAUGAUACAGAUAAAAAUUCCGAAAUAAAAAUAAUUCCUGAUUUAAAUACAUCAAAAAUUUCUAUAUCAAGUAAUCGCAUAAUUUCUUUUAAUAAUACAAAUUCAAUUGCAGAAGUAUUUGGCUUUGAUGCUAAAAGACUUGAACCCCAUAAAACAUAUACAUCAGAUCACCCUGUUAAAAUUUUAAAAGUGAAUUCCAUAGGCAUUGACUGCAGUGUUGCUGCUGGUUCCUAUUUAAAUGGUAAACCAGUACAUAUUAUACAUCAAUUUUUUCCGACGGUGCCCAGUGGGUAUAAAAUAGUCGAAUCUCCUCAAAAUAUUUUAUAUUAUCCAGUAAGCGUUAAAACAAUCAAUAACUUAACUAUUAAAAUUAUUGAUCAAAGCAGAAAUCUAAUAAAUUUUCGAAAAGAAGAGAUUACAGUUACCCUUCACAUUAGAAAAGUAUAA